AUGCCUGUCGAAAGAAAACCUUCAAAGAAUGAAUCAAACGAAAUAGCAACACACGAUUUACCGAAAGAUACCAAAUCAUUAGAAAUAAAUUUGCCAUCUAACGAAAUUAUAAAAGAAUUUCAUGAAGAGUCACCCAUAACGUCUCCGGAAGAGUCUAUUGAAGAGUUUCCUUUAACACCGCAAAGUGAGUCUAUGGAAGAAGUUCAUAAAGAAAGACAUUAUAAACGGAGGGAACAAGCAAAUAUAGAAUCGCCACUAUUAAAUGAAGCAUCCAAAGAAGAAACUCGUAAACGAAGAAGGACAUCAAUAGCAGGAACAUUGCCUUAUGAACAUUUAAUCUCAUUUGAUGGUAUCCGUGAGUCACAACGAAUAGAAGAAUUUGGAGGAAUAGAAGAACCAAUUGUUGAUUCAAUUGUUGAACAACGAAAUCAAUAUCCGGUUCCAUUUCCUUCUUCCUAUGGGUUUGAGGUGCCACAAUCACCGAUACAAACAUCGUUUAUCGAGCCAAUUCAAUAUUUAGAGAGGAUUCCGCCGAUUUCUAAUGAAGUUGAACCGCCAAAGAGUCCACUCAAACAUGGAGAUGUUUUUUUAACGGAAUGGCAUGACUUAAAUUCAUGGAAUUUAUAG